AUGGGCAGGGAGGACAUUGUCCAGGAGGAGCUGGGCACCCUCCAGGGGAUCCCCCUCUACAAGUGGUUCAUCAAGGGCUGGUAGCAAGUGCAGGUUUUCCAAGCCUGGCCCAAUGACCUGCUCAUCUGCACCUUCCCCAAAUUGGGCACCACGUGGCUCAGUGAGAUCGUGGACAUGAUCUAUCACGAUGGCAAUGUGGAGAAAUGCAAGUGGAAUGCCGUCUUCAACCAGGUGCCCUUCCUGGAGAUGAACGACCCCAAUAUGCCGAAUGGCAUCGAGCUGCUGGCCAAGACACCUUCGCUGCACCUGGUGAAGACCCACCUCCCUGUCCAGCUGCUGCCUGUCUCCUUCUGGGACCAGGACUGCAAGGUGAUCUAUGUUGCCCGCAACCCCAAGGAUGUGGCCACCUCCUCCUCCUACUUCUACCAGAUGGCGAAGAUGCACCCUGACCCCAGCACAAUGGAGGAGUUUCUGCAGAACUCCACAGCUGGAAAAGUGGCCUACAGGUCCUGGUAUGCCCAUGUAAAAGACUGCUGGGAGAAGAGGCAGGAGAAGCGGCUCCUCUACCUCUUCUACGAGGACAUGAAGCAAGACUUCUGGCGUGAGGUGCAGAAGAUCGCCCAGUUCCUGGGCAAGGAGGUGGCUGAGGGCAUGGCAGCAAAGAUAGUCCACCACACCUCCUUCCAGGAGAUGAGGAAAAACCCUGCUGACAACUACAAGACCCUGCCGAGCUGGAUGAUGGACCACAGCCUGUUGCCCUUUCUGCGGAAAGGGAUUGCAGGGGACUGGAAAAAACACUUUAUGGUGACCCAGAACAAACGCUUCAAUAAGCACUACGAGGAGCAGGUGGAGGGCUCCGACCUCUGCUUCCACAUGGAGAUAUGA